AUGCUGAAUCUCACAGAUUACUAUGCCAAUAAUUCGGAAGUUGCCCAGACCAGUAUAAAGCUUGAAAUUAAGAUGAUUAUUUUGACACCAAUUGUUAUCAGUUUUUGUUGCUUCCUAUACAUUACUGCAAUUAUACUCAACGUCUACAUCAUCACACCCCAAAUCCAAGAGAAUGGACGCUAUAUGCUCUUUGCUCACAUGCUUGUCAAUGAUCUAAUGUACGUAACUCUAGCAGGUAUACUUUUCUUAUUUACUUUAUUUCCAGUUUACUUUCCAGUUACAAUCUGCUACCUUUUUGUUACUGUAUCCUCCACAUCAUUCAAGGUGACCCCAUAUAACCUGGCUGCCAUGUCACUAGAACGUUAUGUUGCCAUCUGUUACCCGCUUCGACAUGCUGAGUUCUCCACCAAGCAGAGAACUGGUAAUAUGAUUGCCUUUAUCUGGGUUGUAGGGCUAAUCCCUAACAUUGUCGAUUUUAUUAUUCUGGCGGUCUCCAUUAACAUAGACUAUUUUUCUCGUUACGUCCUUUGCAGUCGUGUCUCAUUUUUGAACACCGCGAUACAGAGCACAUUAAGGUCAUUCAUUCAUGCUUUUACCUUUUCCCUGGUGGGAUUGAUCAUUGUGUUUACUUAUGUCAAGAUUAUGCUAGUUGCCAAUCGGAUUGACUCGGGAAAACGUUCAGCGUCUAAGGCCAGUAAAACAGUCAUGCUUCACGCUUUCCAGCUUUUAUUAUGUAUGACUGCUUUCACUUACCCCGUUACCGAGACAUAUCUCAAAGGAUAUAUCAUUAUGUUACCCAUUCUUAACUUCUGCCUCUUCAUGUGUCUUCCACGGUUUCUCAGCCCCUUAAUCUAUGGAAUAAGGGACGACGCGUUCCGCACAUGUAUAACACGAUAUGUAUUCUGUAAACCUGUGGUGAUAAAUGUUGCACAAUUUACAAAAUGA